ACCAUUUUUUGCGAAUUGGAAUGCAAAGUUUGUUAUUGUUUAUAAUUAGUAUAAUUACUUAUAGAUUUGAAUUGAAUUAAUGCCGCCAUUAAUAUAUCAACAAUGUGGUGAAGUUGUCUGGCUAAAUAAAUCAAAAACCCGCAAUCGUCUCUAUGGGUUUAAAUGCAUUUACUGCAAGGAUCAGCCGGAGAAACCUUCAACAACAUUUAAAGAUUUCAAAUUUCAUUUGGAGACGAAGCACGGAGAGAUAUUUACAAAUUGGCUAGACAACGAUAGACCAGAAGAACGAGUAAAAUAUGAGACAAAGACACAAAGAGAAGUCCUUCAGGUGCCUGAUCCAAGUAGAAGUGGACUUAAAAUGGAAUCACAACAAGACCUACAGAAAGAGAAAGUGGCCGAGUUGCAAGUGGAUAUGAAAAAAGUAAAAGCGGAAGAGGAGCUUGUAUUGGUAUCUCAAUUGCCAGAGGACGAGAAGGAGACGAAAGAGGACAGGCAAACACCAAGAGAAGAAAUUGAGCAAGAAACUGAAUUGGCCUGGCCGAUAAUCAGCGAUAAUGAAAGUUUUACAUCCGCCUCCUCCUGCUCUUCAAGAGAUGCUCUAGGGGAUUCCACAUCCGUAUCAACAGAUUUCUCUCAAUUCUGGCUAAUUGAUGGUCAUCCCAUUAUGCUUUCCCUUAUUGAACAAUUGGAGCAGGAGCGUCAUCUCUGGGACUUGCAAAAGUUCUCCUUUCGCAAUCACAAAGGUCGCACUGAGAGCUGUGAAAGGAUCUGUAAUCAUUUAAAUGCAAAAUUUGAUUUGCAACUCAAAAGUCGGGAAAUGGUGCAACAUGUCAAAAAGUUACGACAUCUUUACAAUAAGGAAAAAUGUCGUCGGGAAAAGGAUAAAGAUAAUUCUUCAGGAGCAACAUCAAGUACCAGCACCUGGUACUUUGAAAGACUGAGUUUCCUUUCAAAAGGCUUACCCGUGCCGGUUUUGAAUCACAAGGAACAUUUGACUUUUAUAGAAUUGUAUGAGAGAUGUAAAGGCAUUUGGGAUAUGCAGGAUAUGUCCUGCCGUUUGAGACAUGUCCGUCAGGAGGCCAAAGAGCAGCUCCUGAAUCUAUGCACAAAUGAAUUGAAAAUUAAUUUUCAACCCUGCCAACUGGAACGUUUCAUCUAUCGUCUACGCAAAAACUAUCAGAGGGAAAAAAAGAAACGCCUAAUGCCUAAAAAUUGCAAGGAUUAUCCAAAUAAUGAACAGGAAAUUUCCACUUAUGCCUACUACGAUCAUUUAAAAUUCCUGGACCAGCACUUGGCCCCCUUCAAAUGUUGGCAAUGCCAGCAAAUUAUUAAUAGCGUCGAUGCCUACAAAAUCCAUUUGGCCAAUCAUAAUGGCACAUUGCCAUUUGAUUGUCCUUUCUGUACCCGGCAAUUUGCCCGCAUGAGCAGCUGCAGUUUACACAUGAGACGGCAGCAUCUGGAUCAGACUGAUGAGCAACAGCAAGUGAUUUGUCAGGAUUGUGGCAAGCAUUUCGCCUGCAAUUCGGAUCUUCAUACCCAUCGUCGCCAACAUACCGGCGAGAAGCCAUAUUGUUGCCACAUCUGUGGCAGUCGUUUUCGUUCGCUCUCCUAUUUUGCCCGCCACAAGCGGCGGCACGAGCAAAGGCCAUGCGGCAAGUGUCACAUUUGUGGCAAAAGCUUCUUCGAGCAGGCCGUCCUUAAUGAUCACAUCAAGGCCCAUUUGAAUGUACGGGACAAAGUGUGUGAUGUAUGCCAAAAGACAUUCACCAGCUCCAAAUAUCUGCGACAACAUAAGGAGAUACAUGCUCAGAAGAAGCGCUAUAUAUGUAAAAUAUGCUGCAAAGGUUUUGCCCAAUAUGCGGGUCUUAGUGGGCAUAUGAAAUCGCAUGGUACCACAGUGAAAGAGGCCGGUUCCGCCACAUACAAAGAGCAAGCAAAGGACUGAUGCUGAGUCUAAAUAGACCUUUAUUUGAAUUUAUUUUGAUCUUGGCAAAGUUUCUUUUCAAUAUGAAAAACAUUUAUAAAACAAUUUCAAAUUCAUUAAAUAAAAAAACCUGGAAAAUAUUUUCGUCAAAUAGUUCUUCCAACUAUUAUUGUUAAUAUUUUUAGCCCUUUUAAAUUAA